AUGGUGGCACCACUUGUGGUAUGUGUGGAGGUGGUGAUGAUUAUGAGGUACUUCUUGUGGGCAAGGGCAAAGUCGCUCUGCUUUCUCUUUAAGUGGUAUAUUCCAAAUUUGUUCACUGCAGAUCGUGGUUACUAUUCAGUGGAAACUGUCACACUUCUAGUGGCUCUGAAAGUUCGUUAUAGAGAUAGAAUCACAAUCCUUCGAGGAAAUCAUGAAAGCCGGCAAAUUACUCAAGUAUAUGGCUUUUAUGAUGAAUGCUUGAGGAAGUAUGGAAAUGCCAAUGUCUGGAAGCAUUUCACCGACCUUUUUGAUUAUCUGCCCCUUACAGCACUUAUUGAGAGUCAGAUCUUCUGUUUGCAUGGAGGACUUUCACCAUCAUUGGAUACACUUGAUAAUAUCCGAGCCUUGGACCGCAUACAGGAGGUAUAUGAACCAUCCUAUGCCUGGAGUUCCUAUGUGUUGAGAUCUCAUACCUGUCUGUUGUUCCACAUGAAGGACCUAUGUGGUGAUCUCUUGUGGUCUGAUCCAGAUGACCGGUGUGGGUGGGGAAUAUCUCCAAGAGGUGCUGGCUAUACUUUCGGACAGGAUAUUGCUGCUCAGUUCAACCACACCAAUGGGCUAACUCUGAUUUCAAGAGCCCACCAGCUUGUCAUGGAAGGUUACAAUUGGUGUCAGGAAAAGAAUGUGGUGACUGUUUUUAGCGCUCCAAACUAUUGUUACCGGUGCGGGAAUAUGGCUGCGAUACUAGAAAUUGGGGAGAACAUGGAACAAAAUUUCCUUCAAUUUGACCCAGCACCCCGCCAGAUUGAGCCUGACACCACACGCAAGACUCCCGAUUAUUUUUUAUGA